AUGCAGAGGGGGGAUGCGCUCUCUCCUCCCCGCGUUAGGAUGCUCUGCAGAGGGCCACAACACACCCAAGAGCCGCUGAUGGGUGAUUCUGUGGAGCGGCUAUUGUGUCUGUGCUGCUCUCUCCAGGUGGACUCUGUGGACUCUGUGGACUCUGUGGACUCUGUGGACUCUGUGGGCUCUGUGGACUCUGUGGACUCUGUGGGCUCUGUGGACUCUGUGGACUCUGUGGACCCUGUGGACUCUGUGGACCCUGUGGACUCUGUGGACUCUGUGGACUCUGUGGACUCUGUGGACUCUGUGGACUCUGUGGACCCUGUGGACUCUGUGGACCCUGUGGACUCUGUGGACCCUGUGGACUCUGUGGACUCUGUGGACUCUGUGGGCUCUGUGGACUCUGUGGACUCUGUGGGCUCUGUGGACUCUGUGGACUCUGUGGACUCUGUGGACUCUGUGGACUCUGUGGGCUCUGUGGACUCUGUGGACUCUGUGGGCUCUGUGGACUCUGUGGACUCUGUGGACUCUGUGGACUCUGUGGACUCUGUGGGCUCUGUGGGCUCUGUGGGCUCUGUGGGCUCUGUGGACCCUGUGGACUCUGUGGACCCUGUGGACCCUGUGGACUCUGUGGAGUGUCCUAGUGCUGCUGGUCUCUGUCCUGUUCUUUGUUGUCGUCGGUCUCUGGAGCUCGCGACCCUGAGGGACCGUCGCAGCCGGGUGUUACCCAGGCCUGAGUGCUCCGAGCUGGGCAGGAGAAGCAGAGGGUUCCCCCGUGGAGGCAGCUCAACACAGCCCUCUAUGGCAGCUUCAGAAACACGUCUCCCGCCAGUGUAG